AGUAUGAUUCGAUCGUUGAAGCUCGCUACUGUUGCUGCUCUGUUGGUUCUUGCUACUGUCGGAGCUGAGGCCAAGAAGAAGGGUCCCAAGGUCACUACCAAGGUCUUCUUUGACAUCACCAUUGAUGGCAAGGACGCCGGCCGCAUCGUGAUGGGGCUCUAUGGCAAGAGUGUCCCACAGACUGCAGAAAACUUCCGCGCCUUGUCUACUGGCGAGAAGGGAUUCGGUUACGAGGGAUCUAUCUUCCAUCGUGUGAUCAAGAACUUCAUGAUCCAGGGUGGAGACUUUACUCGUGGAGACGGUACCGGCGGAAAGAGCAUCUACGGAGAGAGGUUUGCGGAUGAGAACUUCAAGUUCAAGCACACCAAGGGAGGAUUGCUCUCCAUGGCCAAUGCUGGCAAGGACACCAAUGGCUCGCAGUUCUUUAUCACCACCGUGCCCACGCCCUGGCUCGAUGGCAAGCAUGUUGUUUUCGGAGAGGUUCUUGAGGGUAUGGACCUCGUUCAUAAGAUCGAGAACUCCAAGACUGACGGCCGUGACAAGCCAGAGAAGGAGGUCAAGAUCGCCAAGUCUGGAGAGCUCAAGGAAUAAGUGUACUUUGCGCGAGAGAGUAAAACAGCCAACGCACUCCAAGCG